UCACAGUCAGACAGGAGUCGACCCCGUGUUGCUAGAGAUUUUUGGAUGUGUAACAUUUUCACCACAACAUUUUAAUCACACUUCUUAUUUCGCAGUACAGGUUAAAACACGAUGGCUGGACACUGCUAGCGCUAGCAAACGCUAGUUUAGAUAAAGGUUUAUGCAUUUUUUUAGGAAUCGUUAUGGAUGAACGGUUGGCCGUUAGCAGCUAACUAGCUUAACUGUUGAACGCUAUAUUAAAAAAAAAAAACCAAAACAAACAAGAAAUAACAUAAUGGGGCUGAUCCAGGGGGCGUGUCGUGACCCCGUCGUGGGUGAUGUAGACCGUUUCGGCAGGAAAGUAAACACACCAUUCCGUCAAGAUGGCCCCGCUCUCCGUGUUCCGAGUGGCACUACUUGUGUCCUUUUCGGUUUUUCUGACAGUUGUGUUGGGCUUUGGACUGCCUGCUCUACUGAACGCAGCGAUGAGGAUGUUGGGAUUGCCGGAGACGAGUGUUACCGAGUGCAUAGUCAUGCUGUAUUCGGUUUUUGUGUUGUGUGUUGCGACGCCCCGAAUUCCCCGAGGAUUGGUGGAGGUGAAGGGAAAAGCUGUGUUUAUUACAGGCUGCGACAGUGGAUUUGGCAAUGCACUCGCCAAACAUCUGCACAAGCUGGGUUUCACGGUCUUUGCUGGAUGUCUUCUUAAGGAUAAAGGUGGAGAGGGUGCAAAGGAACUGGAGGAAUUUCAUUCAGAUCGCAUGAAGGUAGUCCAGCUGGAUGUCUGCAGCGAGGAGCAGGUGAACCAGGCUGUGGAAUAUAUCAGAGACAACCUGAAGGACUCUGAAAGAGGUCUGUGGGCUGUGGUGAACAAUGCCGGUGUGUCAACAUUUGGAGAAGUGGAGUUUACCUCCAUGGAUACCUACAAACAGGUGUCAGAGGUCAACCUGUGGGGUACCAUCAGGGUCACCAAAGCUGUUCUGCCAUUAAUCCGCAGGGCCAAAGGCCGUGUUGUGAACCUGGCCAGCAUGUAUGGGAGGAUGGGAAAUGUCUUGCGCUCCCCUUACUGUGUAUCUAAAUACGGCGUGGAAGCAUUUUCUGACUGCCUGCGUUACGAGAUGAAGACGUGGGGGGUCAAAGUGUCCAUCAUUGAACCAGGGAACUACAUCGUGGCCACUGGCAUCCUGACCCGUGACAUCGUUGCCAGCACAGCCAACAAGCUAUGGAAUGAGGCGCCCUCGAAUGUGAAGGAGGAUUAUGGGAAGUCCCACUUUGAGCACCACAUGGCUCUGAUGCGCUCUUACUGCAACAGCGGACAGAAGGAUGUGGCCCCUGUUCUGGAUGACAUCACUGACGCCAUCAUGUCCAAGCGUCCUUACACUCGAUACAACCCCAUGGAGCCACACUGGUGGAUCAGAGUGCAGCUGAUGACCCACCUGCCUGGCGCCAUUUCCGACUUGCUCUAUUUUUAAAAGAGAAGCUGUUCCUGUGUUAGCUCCCUCCGUUUCAUUCUCAGAUCACAGAUAGCAGCAUAUUUUUCAGCUAUGUAGCGCAACGCAGAUCUACAGACUUAACCCUGAAGAUGGGUCUCUGUAUCUCUAUUCCUCAGCACUUGAAAUCAUUCACUGAUCAAGCCUUAAAACUUAAUGGUUUUUUAAACUGUAAGUAUUGCACUUUGCUUUUUAUAUAUCUUGCGAAAACCACAACUUUAUCUAUACAGAUAUAUUCCGUAAUAAGUAGUAACUACUUUGUGUUGGAUAUCAGCAGGGCUAUGACAUACUCGUACCUAUAAACACUACAUCUUUAUUGUUUGCUGUGGUAUUAUCUUUUUUUAAAAAGUUUGUCCAUUUUAUCUUUUUAUUUUCCUGAAAUUUUCCUUGAUUCUGGGGCCCUAACUGGCAAGACCAAAGCUGGUGGAGCUCAAGAGAAAGCUCUUGCUGUUCUGUUGUGGCUGCUACCGGAACCAACCAAGGUCAUCUACUGUAAGACUGUGGUGAAAUUUGGCUUGACUGACCCCAAAGUUACGUAACAACAACACAAGCCCACUUUGUCUCACAUGCUCCAUUAGAUGCUGCUUGCUACGCUGACAGUGGGGUUGAUUGAUGUGAUUAAUGGGCAUGCUCAAACAAAAAGGUUUUUCCCCUCUCCUUGGUGGAUAAGUAUUCUGUAUAUAGAAUGAUGUGAAUGAAUAGAGCAUUUUAUUUUCACAAUAUUGUAAUCACAAUCUCAUUUUUCAAGAAUGAUUUGAAAUAAAAUGACCAA